AUGAUAUUGUUGGGAACUUAUUUUACUGGUCGGGUGCCCUUCCAACAAGUAUUAUUACACGGCUUAAUUCGUGAUAGUCAGGGAAGAAAAAUGUCUAAAUCGCUCGGUAAUGGUGUGGAACCAGAAGAAAUUAUUACGAAAUAUGGGAAAAACACCAAAAAUACGCUGCUUUUUGUUUAUCAACAAUUACUUUUAUUACUUCAUCCUGCUAUUCCUUUUCUCACGGAGUAUAUUUAUCAAAAAAUUACUCAGAAAAAGCUGCUAUCAGCGGAAAUUGAAACCCGUGAGGAAAAAAUUCUAUAUUUUGAAUUAAUGCCGGAAUGGCAAACUAAAUAUUGCUCCCAACUAGAUUUUAACCAGUUUCUUUUUCCCUUAACCAAAAGCCACAUUCAAUUAGUUAGCCCCACGGAAAAAAUUGCGGCUUUCUCGCUCAUUGAUAUACAUCCCUUUGGAGUGUUGAAAAUUGUAGAGAAAUUUCCUAUUCCUAAAAAUCGCACCGAAAACGAAAAAAAAAUCGCAUUUUACCAAACCGAGCAGCAAAGAAGCCAAAAAUUACUGGCUAACAAAAACUUUAUUGAAAAGGCUCCGGCUUGGUUAGUGGACCAAGAAAAAGAAAAAUUAGAAUUUUACGAAAAAAUGAUUAAGAAAUUAUUGAGUUAA